GGGGGAGGCUGGUGGUGGUGGCGAUCCCUGCUCGGCGAGGGCGCUGGGGGUGUUAGCUGCGCUUCGGGUGGUGCAGACCAUGGCCCCGUCCCCGGCGUCUGGCGCCGGGGGAUGGGACCGUGCAGGCCGGGAGAAUGACGGCGGCUGGGAGACACGAGUGGACCGCAAGGCCCGGAAGCCCCUGGUGGAGAAGAAGCGGCGCGCGAGGAUCAACGAGAGUCUGCAGGAACUGCGGCUACUGCUGGCCGGCACCGAGGUACAGGCCAAGCUGGAGAACGCCGAGGUGCUGGAGCUGACGGUGCGGCGCGUGCAGGGCGCGCUGCGGGGAUGGGCGCGUGGGCUCGAGCAGCUGCAGGCAGAAGCCAGCGAGCGCUUCGCCGCCGGCUACAUCCAGUGCAUGCACGAGGUGCACACGUUCGUGUCCACGUGCCAGGCCAUCGACGCCACCGUGGCCGCCGAGCUCCUGAACCAUCUGCUGGAGUCCAUGCCUCUGCACGAGGGCAGCAGCUUCCGGGAUCUUCUGGGGGACGCCCUGGCCGGGCCCCAGGGAGCCCCUAGGAGAAGCAGCUGGCUCACAGGAGGGGCCCCGGGGUCCCCACUACCCAGCCCCCCACCCCCUGGGGACGACCUGUGCUCCGACCUGGAGGAGGCCCCUGAGGCUGAACUGAGCCAUGCACCUGCUGAGGGGCUGGACUUGGUGCCCCCUGCCCCGGGUGGUCUUACUACUGCCCGUGUAGCCCAGAGCAUUUGGAGGCCCUGGUGACCGGUGCCAGCCAGCCAGCCAGAGUUGGGCCCAGCCUUCCCACCUCUAGACCCUCCUCCCUGGAGUCUAGAUGUGGUGGGGCAGGGUCCUGGAUGUCCGCCCUCCUAGUGGAUGGCUUGUAGGGCAGUCCUGGAUGGCCAGUCCAGCCAGGCCCCUUGCCUCGUCCUUCGGGGAGUAACUUCUGGUGCCCCACCUCUGGGAGGGUGGAGGGAGGGAGCUACAGGCAGGAGGAAGAAUGUUCUAGAGCUUCCAGGGCUCUCCAAGGUUCACCUGGGUGCAAGCCUUUCAGGCAGUGUGUGGAUGUGGGGCAGAGGUGACAGAGUGGGGCUGAGCCUCUCCUCGGUGCUGGGAACAAGCGUCGCGGAAGGGGGAGACCGCAGGCCCUGGCGGCCCUGGCGGCCCUGGCCUGAGCAGAAGGCUGAGCUUGCUGCUUCAGCUGGGGCCCGGCGGAGGCACGUGCAGAGUGCCCGCAGCUGCCGGAGAGAAGCCGGGCUUUCUGUGCGUCUUGCAUUCGGCACACUUGAGUUUGUUUGGUUGCUGCCCAGUGCUCCAGUUCUGUUAAAUAAAGGACUUCGGAGUGUCCGUUACCUUCUGAAGUAUGACUGAGUGAGGUGGUGUCAUCAAUGUGUCAGACACGUAAAUAGUAAACUGAGCACCCUUUUCCCGUGUUUAACGCUCGCCCUGGUCAGCGGAGUGAGCAAUGGAGUGGCAGUGGAGACAGGACACGGUGCUGCCCCGGUGACAGCAGCACCUCGGGGUGUCCCCCUGCAGGUCCCCAGGCCUGGCCUGCGCGGCCUGGGCUGUGUGAGGCCUGGAGGAGGGUGCCGCGGGGAGGGGUGUGUCUGCAGAGCAGCCAAGCAACAGGGAAGCAGCCUGCCCCAGAUCACUCUCCAGUUCAUGAGUCCCCAGGGACAAACUAACGCCUGGCUGGUAGCCACAUGGUCUGGAAGUUUCUUUCAAAAACCUGUGUUAGCAUCCAUGAGCGGGAUGUCAGCCCACGUGGGUUGCCACUUCUCUUGACUGAGAAGGAGCUUCCACCAUUGCCAGUGACCUCGGUGACCCAGUUCAUGGCUUCAAGAGAGGUCACUGUGGCUGCAGGCCACUUGGACUGGAGGUCAUGCUGGGCUUGGAGGUCAGAAACCUUGGGAGGAGGGUGCUGGGCGGGCAGUCCGGGUGUCGGGGGACAGCCCUGGGGCUGGACCAGGCCUGCAGCUGGCAUGCGGUCAGUUAACAGCCUGGUCACUGCCACCCGUAGCCCUGCCCCUCGCCUGCCUGAGGGCCCCAAAGCAGCUUUUCUGUCUUUGGGUUGGCAGUGCCCGGGCUGGGGACGAGGUGUGACAAUACAGGGUUGCCACCUGCAUCUCCCAUCCAGUGAGCAACUUUCCCCACAGCCCUCUUACAAGGGGCCCCCCGGGGCUGACCACCAGGGGCGUGUCCCGGCAGACCUGUGAUCCAGUCUUAGGCCUCAGCUGCCAGAUGCAGCUUAAUUUUAGCGACUGAGGGUGAGCUGUCGAGGGGCCGGGUGAGGGACACACAUGCAUAAGACAGGGCGGGAGAGGGUGACAGCGUUACUCCUGGGAUUGUUGUCAUCGCCCCCAGAGAUGUAGGACGUGUCCGCAGGGACACAGGAGAGCAGGCCACCGCUGAGAGCUCUGAUGCCGUGGGAGAGUGUCAGCCGGGGACCGUUCCCUCUCCUCCCCUCGCUUGUCACAUCCUCCACCGUCAGCCCUCUGUGGCCGCCGUAAACCGCCGUGAACUUGGUGGUUUAAAGCACCACCCACGUAUCACCCUGUCGUUCUUCCGUCGGAGGUGGGAUUUACUGGCUAAAAUCAGGGCAGGUCUGCACUCCUUUCUGGGGGAUUGAGGGUAAACAACUCUCUUUCCUGCCUCUGAGGUGCCCACACUCCCCGGCUAGGGGCCCUUCCUCACUCUUCAAAGUCGGCAGUGCAGAUCUC